AUGCCUGAAGCAAACUAUUUGUUAUCUGUAUCUUGGGGUUAUAUUAAGAGGAGGCUGACCGGGGACCUGACACACCUCUCCGAGAUGAGCCGCUCCGGCAACCAGGUGUCCGAGUACAUUUCCAACACUUUCCUGGACAAGCAGAAUGACGUGGAGAUUCCUUCUCCUACCCAGAAAGACAGAGAGAAGAAGAAAAAACAGCAGCUUAUGACACAGAUCAGCGGAGUGAAAAAAUUAAUGCAUAGCUCAAGCUUAAAUAACACCAGCAUUUCACGGUUUGGGGUGAAAACAGAAAAGGAAGACCACCUGGCCAAGGAACUGGAAGAUCUGAAUAAGUGGGGCCUCAACAUAUUUAAUGUCGCGAGGUAUUCCCACAACAGGCCACUCACCUGCAUCAUGUACGCGAUAUUUCAGGAGCGAGAUCUGCUGAAAACAUUCAAGAUCUCAUCCGACACGUUUGUCACCUACAUGAUGACUCUGGAAGACCACUACCACUCGGACGUGGCGUACCACAACAGCCUCCACGCCGCCGAUGUCGCCCAGUCCACGCACGUCCUGCUCUCCACCCCGGCCCUGGAUGCUGUCUUCACAGAUUUGGAAAUCCUCGCUGCGAUUUUUGCGGCUGCAAUUCACGAUGUGGAUCACCCUGGGGUCUCCAAUCAAUUCCUUAUUAAUACAAAUUCCGAGCUAGCCCUCAUGUACAACGACGAAUCCGUCUUGGAGAACCACCACCUCGCUGUGGGUUUCAAGCUGCUUCAAGAGGAGCACUGCGACAUCUUCCAGAACCUGACCAAGAAACAGCGUCAGACGCUCAGGAAGAUGGUGAUCGACAUGGUGUUGGCGACAGAUAUGUCCAAGCAUAUGAGCCUCUUGGCUGAUCUGAAGACUAUGGUGGAAACAAAGAAAGUGACCAGCUCAGGAGUCCUCCUUCUGGACAACUACACGGACAGAAUACAGGUUCUCCGAAAUAUGGUCCAUUGCGCGGACUUGAGCAAUCCCACCAAGUCUCUGGAGCUGUACCGGCAGUGGACGGACAGGAUCAUGGAGGAAUUCUUCCAGCAGGGAGACAAAGAGCGAGAAAGAGGGAUGGAAAUCAGCCCCAUGUGCGACAAACACACGGCGUCAGUGGAAAAAUCACAGGUGGGAUUCAUUGACUACAUCGUCCAUCCACUCUGGGAGACGUGGGCUGACCUGGUGCAGCCCGACGCCCAGGACAUCCUGGACACGCUGGAGGACAACAGGAACUGGUACCAGAGCAUGAUACCUCAGAGCCCAUCCCCUCCACUGGAGGAGCGAGGCCAGGACUGUCAGAGCCUGAUGGAGAAAUUCCAGUUUGAACUGACACUGGAGGAGGAGGAUUCGGACGGGCCGGAGAAGGACGGCGAGAGCAUCGGCUACCUAAGCAAUACACAGACACUCCACGUGGCCGCCCCGGGAGAAGAGGACGCACAGAGGGAGGCGAGCAUAGAAAUUGUGACAGAAGAUACGUCUCCCGUCGACACAUAA